AUAGAAUCAGAAUCUCGUAAGACUUUUUACUAAUUUAGCAAUACGGAAGUCAACUUCCUCAAGUAGAAAUCUUCCGAUAAAAAAUCUCGAAAGUCUAUUUAUAAUCAGCGUCCUUGGCAACAAUCAUGACAGAUAGAUUAACUCCUACACUAACGGAUAAUGGUGAUUCAUCACAACUAUCUGGCGGACCAUUGUUAUUAAGCUCAGAGGAGGACAACAAAACUGAGAAAAAGCAAUUACCCAAAGUAUUUUAAGAUAUAGGCCUAUUUUCACUGUUUUUUUAAUAAACGUAUUCUUGAUAUUAUUUCCCACCUUAUGAAGCUUCCUUCCCAUCGUUAUCGGUAUUCUGUUUGGCAUGACUUAAAUUCAACAUCGAUUAAGGGCCACGAGCUCAAAGCGCCAAGAAUUCGGGAAGGUCCACCCGAGAAGGAAAAAUACUUUUAUCGUAUUAAAGAUUCAAGUAAUAAUAAAUUUAUUCACCAUAAUCGAAGAGGAAAGGACAGGCUAGAUUAUAGAGAUUCAACUGAAAGUUGGGAAAAUUUAACAGUUGCUAAUCUCUCCUAUCAAGAUUUGGCUCAGCCUUUUCAAAAAGAAAAUUUCAAACGAGUAUUAAGACGACUUACUUCCGCAAAAGAUAUUUGUCUACUUGAAGAUGAUUUAGUAGAUCUGAAAACUGUUACAUUCCCUGAAUGUGAAAGUUUGACUUUAAGUAGAAAUCAUAUACCUUGCUUCAAGAAUCUUCCAAAAUUUCCAAAAAUUACCCAUCUGGAUUUAUCUCAUAACUAUAUCAGAACUUUAAGUGAUAUCAAAGUUUUGGCUAAAUAUACCAAUUUGAAGUCUCUGAUUAUGAAACCUGGAAAUCCUGUUGUUGUAGCUAUUUCCAACUACAGACAAAAGAUAUUCCGAGAUAUUCCAUCUCUACUAAUACUUGACAAUUUGCCAAAGUUAGAGGAAGAUGAUAUUUUCGAUGAAGAAGAAGUGGACUCACCUGGUGGCUGUUCUAUCAGCUAAAAGUAGAUGAAUGAAUUUUACCGACCGUGUGAUAUUAAUUUCUCCUUUGCAUUUAUUCUCUUUUAAAAAAAAAACAAUUUCGUUUGAAUUCUUGAAAGUUUUGUUUUUUCAAAAAAAAAAUCUGUAUAUAUGAACUCUAUUUAGAAAAUACAUUCAAUUUUUGAAAAUUUUA